AUGCCACCUGAUCCUUCAAAGGAUAGUGGUUCUAAGAGUAAAAGUAGUCAAAAGUCAUCGAAAGACAAUAUUAACCUAUAUGCAGUUCUAGAAGUGGACAAACAUGCAACAGUUGAGGAAAUCAAACGGUCUUAUCGUAGACUUGCACUGAGGUAUCAUCCUGACAAAAAUCCAGAUGACCCAGAAUCAUUGGAAAAAUUCAAAGAAAUUAACAGGGCACAUGCUAUAUUAGCUAAUGAGCAGAAAAGAAAACUGUAUGAUCGAUAUGGAUCUCUGGGUAUUUACAUCGUUGAGCACAUUGAUGAAGAGGACUGGAAGCCAUACCUCGCUCUUCGCAACCCAUGUGUUCAGUGCCUUGCGUGUACAUGUUUUUUGCUGACAUGUUGCUUCUGUUGCCUUUGUUGCUGCUACUGUUGCGGCACACUUUAUCCAAAAACGCCUCGUGUUCCCGAAGAAAUGAAUAUGACUGAUGAAGAAACACCGUAUGAUAUAUCAAUGAAUAAUAAAAAAGAUUCAGAAACCUACGUUACUAAACAACCUAACCCAGCUCCAGCCGUCAAUCUUUACGGAACAACAUCAUCGCGUUACAGGGAAUACAACGUAGAGGGACAAAUCCUCAUUCAUAAAUGGUUUCAUCAAUGA